CUGUAAGUUCCGCACGUGCUGCCAAACAUUGUGGGAGACGGCUUCGCGCGAGCCGGACGUUGAUCCUUCAUGGCGGUUGCAUUCCAACAGCUUGUUUCUUUUCACCCAUCUGCUGCCACACUGCCAGUGAUGGCUUUUGGAUGGCAGUUCAGUCGGACCUGGGGAAUUGAAUCGAAGGCUGAAUCGAAGCUGAUUGACCUCUCACUACUGGCUCACUUUGACCUCGUCCUUCGGAGGGCUGAUGAUGACUGACUUCUCUCUACUUGCUCACUUUUACCUUGUCCUCUCUUCUCCUUCAGUUUGACCUCACGCGUUCCUUACUACCCUGGGCUGUGGUAUUACUGCCUCCAGUUGGAUCAAGCAUGUGAUACUACUACCACUGGCUAUUUAAUCCCUUUUCUUUCUCCUCUUCCUGCCUCUCUUCCUUCCCCUACUCCUCCACCUCUUCCUUCACUUCCUCACUCUCGAAUUCAUAUUCGUCUUCCUCUACCGUCUACACCUUCAAGCAUUGUAUCAACUUCUUCUCCCCUGAACCUUCCCUCUGGAUCUCCUUUUCCGGCAUCGCGUCUCUGCGCCUCCGAGGCUCGGUAACGGAAGGUUGGUGUUACUGUUCCUACAAUUCUAGCAGCAAGGUCUGUACAAAGUUCGACUUCUACCUUGGAAACACUGCCAGGCACUUGGUCUAAAAUUCCGUCAUCAUGCCAAGGUUGUCUCCGGAUGAUACGGAAAUGACAGGCAUGCCUUCCGACGCACCUCCGUGUGGUCGGGCUACGGCUUGCAAACCUGCACAACUCCAAUAUCCUCCUUACCGCGAACCCUCGUUCGAGUUAGCAACUCAGACAGGCCUGAAGAUUGCUCAAAUGAUUGCUGAGACUCUUGAGAAAUCUUCCCAAAGUCCACCCAAAACCCUCUUGAAAGAAGCAAAAGAGCUGGCCAAUUACCGACUCUCCACAGAACGGCUUGUCGGGUUCCUUGGACACUCAGGUCACGGCAAGAGCAGCACUAUCAAUUCUGUCUUGGGGAACGAGGAUCUGGCAAAGACAGAAGCAUGCGGGUCUGCUGUAACCCCAUUCGCAGUUGAGUAUCGUUUCCCAAAGCCCGAGCAUAAAUCACCAUUCACUAUGGAGUGCAAUAUGAUGACUAUGAGCGAAAUUGGGGAAUACCUUGGAAACUUACUUCGCGACUUUCGAAGGGUCGAAUUCGCGGAUGAGCAGGAGCGCAUUUCCAACUUCGAGGACCUCCAAGCGGACAGUCGAGCUGCCCAGGACGUCUUCGAAGCCGCUUUUGACGGAAUGACAGACUUCGACAUUUCCUUGCUUGAGCAUAAGGACAACGAAGAGAGCCGGAAGGCGGCAAUAGAGACUCUGAAAAGUUACGCUGUACGUUUGGAUUUCCCCGACGACAUGGACGACAAAGGAUUUUGGAUUCAGGAAGCAAAGAAUGCGGAGGAGUGUCAGCAGCAGCAGUCCAUCCUCCAAGAACGCGGACUGUGGCCUUUUGUGAAGCAGUUGACGGUCUACGCAAACAUCGACAUUCUGAACCCCGGUCUUACCUUGGUUGACUUGCCGGGAUCCCAAGACACAAACCUUGCCAGAGUAAGAGCUGCUCGAAAGGCGCAAGCAAAAUGCGAGAGCCUUUGCAUAGUAACCAACAUCGGCAGAGCUGUCGACAAUCCUGUGAUUCAGCAGACUUUGGAAGGUUUGCGAGGAGCCACAGAUGGCUUGGAGUCACCUUCUUGCGACAUCACCUUGGUAUGUACCCAUUCAGGAGAUCUGUCCAACAGAAGACCAAUCGAAAAAUUGGUCUCUGAGGCGGAAUUGAGGAAAGCCAAAGCAGAGCUCCACCGCGUAACGGGCAGUCGCGGGGACUUCAAGAGCUCCGAGGCCUACACAAGGGCCUGUAAAAGUGCGGAGUUCAAGAUCGAUACGCUCUUGAUCCAGAGCAGAAAUGCGAAGGUUCGUACCGGUCUGCUUCGGAAAUACCGCAACCUUUUCGGAGAGCAGGACGUGAAGGUGUUUUGCAUUGACAACAUGCUAGAAACUCAGGCAGGCGAAGACAUCGAUGGGGCGCUCAAUGGCAUACCACAGUUGCGUCAGCACCUCCGAGACCUUCCAGCCGAGGCCUUCUUCAAGGAGAAAGAUUUCUUCAUCUCCAACAAGAUUCCAGCCCUGGUGGCUUCAUUUCAGAAUUGGGUGGAAUCCAAUCAGAGCAUUAGCCCUGGGAGUAUUGAACAAUCCCCCUCCCUUCCCGAUACGGAUAGUCUCGAGCUAAGUUAUAUUCCCGCGGCAUGGAUCCCUAACACGCGCAUGGUUUUCAACCAGAAAAUUAAGAACAUUAUUCUAUCCUCAAGCCCGACAAUCACCUCGCAGUGUCUAGAAGCGGCGAGGCAUUGGGAGUCUUGGAAGUCGGCCUCAGUCCUAUCGUGGGUCAGGCGGCACGGCAAUCAUAUCACCCAGGCGCGGGGAUCCGUCAACUGGAACUGGGAUUUACUAUACCCCUUUGUCCAAGCUGUGGGCAAGAGAUGGACAGAACUCAAGCAUGACGUUGUCCCAUCACUGGCGGACCUGAAAGCAUCCAUCUUGGGUGUAUGGGAGGUAUAUGAGCUCAAGUGUCGCCAACUGAAUGCGCCGCCAAACUUGCAGGCAUCCUUGACUGGCAGAAUCAAUAACAUAAGAAACGACCUGGACAGCGCCGAGCAUGUGUGGCAUAAAGGCCUGAAGCACAUCAAGACUAGCUCUACCACACCCAACUGGCAGGGAGGCUCUUACAUUGUCGACUGUAUGUUGGAAACCUACGAGGAAGGUCGAACGUUCUCUGGGAGAGGGUCUACAGCUCUACGUCAUCAAGCUUUGCAGCAAAGAGUUUCUCACAGUGACUUUGUCGACGAUUUUGUCGAUCGAAUAUCCAAGGACUUUGAGGACCUGAUGGCAAAGGUAUCGACCAAAAUCACAAAAGUACUUGAGACCGAACUGCAAGCUGUUCGAAGUGACAUUGAAGUCAUGCAGAAGAAGAAGAUGAAGGAGACGGAGCCGACCGAUUUCAAAACGAAUCAGACCAUGAUCCAGGCGGAACUGACCAAAAUCAAAGACGAGAUCGACUAUGAGGAACUGUCUGCAGAUAUCCAGAAGAUGAUUUGCCAAAUGGACGAACUUGCUGCAACUGCGCGUGAAAUGGCAAAGAUACAGUAUGGUUGAAUCGCAGUUCUUGAUUCUCUGGGACCGAAAUUCAAGGGUUAAAGAUUUGGGCUGCGACAAGCGGGCAACUGCAACGAACAAACUUUAGGCCUGAGCUUUGGAGCAGCAACAACAACAACAACAACAACAACAACGCAACAUUUCUCAGUGUCAACAAAAUAAACGGAUGGUGUGGUAGAAUGACUUUGCUGUGCUGGAUCUGCUCCCUUGGUGACGGUCACAGCUGGGUGCAAAACCGACCAUUGAGGAACUAGAAGGAUUCACGCAUUGGAGAGAGGGAAAAGGAGCUAGGGGGCUGAUUGGGCAAUAGCAUGGCAUCAGGGUGGCCUCAAUUUGACGGUGGACUUGAGUCGAGACAAGACGACUUUGAAUCCGCCGGACGAUGUUGUGCUGGAUACCUACCUUAUGCACAUGACAUGAGCUUGAAUUGAGAGCAAUACAACGCGGCAUGCCAUAUCUUCGGCGGACUGUACGGAUAGAGAAUAAAAGCGUAACAACCUAAGUAUCUAUCUUAGGAUGUCUGGGAUCCAUAGACAGGACAGUGACUGCAGUGGAGAGAUCAAUGGCUUAAGAAGAGAGCCGAGUCCCCAAUGGUUGAUCUGGAACUACCCUAGCACUCGGCAAGCCCCCUUUUCUCGCGCAGCCUUGCAGUGGCUGACAUGAGAGGAUAUGAAGGUAAGAGGCAUCAUCAUCUUCUCCAUACAGAAUGAACUCGAGAGUCGAGUGCUCCCCCCAGGGAGAUUCCUGGUACGGUACUCUAGUACAUAUACUGGUGGUAUCCAGGUAUGUGCCUUUAUAGUCAGAUGGAGAACAAGGUACAUCACAUGUAUGUAGAAGGUACAGGCGUUGGAUGACCACCAAAUCUCCGUUCUUAUAAGUCGGACUCUGAUUCGG